AUGACAUUCAAAUAUUUAUGUUGUGAUGACGGUUCUGGAACUCUGGUCGGAACUGUACUUCAAUUUGAAAAUGUGACAAUUUUAAUUGAUCCCAGUUGGGUUGCAGACAAAAUAUCUUAUAAAGCAGCAGUCAGUUAUUGGUCUGAAGUGAUCCCCACAAUUGAUUUGAUCAUUUUGUCUGAACCAACAAUCGAAUCCCUGGGUGCCUACGCCUUAUUAUUUUACAAUUUUCUGUCGCAUUUCAUCUCAAGAAUUGACGUGUAUGCAACUUUGCCGAUUUCAAAUUUAGGCCGUGUCUCUACAAUCGAUUAUUAUGUAAAUAGAGGUAUUGUGGGACCAUUCACUACCAAUGAAAUGGAUUUGGAUGACAUUGAAAAAGCCUUCGAUUUUAUUAAAAGUUUAAGAUACUCUCAAAUUGUGGAUUUAAAGUUUAAGUUUGAUGGAUUAACUUUGACUGCAUUCAAUUCUGGAUCAACACCUGGUGGAUCACUUUGGUGUAUUUCUACAUAUGAAGAAAAAAUAAUAUACGCAAAAAGAUGGAACCAUACUAAGGGUACACUUCUAAAUGGAGCGAACUUACUGGAUAAUAGUGGAAAACCUAUAUCAGCAUUAAUGAGACCAUCUGCAAUCAUAACCACUUUUGAUAAGUUUGGUGUAUCUAAACCAUUUAAAAGACGUAACAGAGAAUUCAAAGAUCUUAUUAAGCAAUUGAUAACAAAAAAAUCGAUAAAUAAUACUAUCAUUAUUCCGGUAGAAAUUACUAGUAGAUUUCUAGAAUUAUUUGUAAUUAUCCAUGAAUUAAUAUAUAACAGUAAUAAAUUAGGUCAAUCAUUAAACAUUCCUGUAUUGUUUAUUUCAUAUAGCCGUGGAAGAAAUCUAACAUAUGCAAAAUCUAUGUUAGAAUGGUUAACAGCGUCAUUAUUAAAGAAUUGGGGAGCUAAAGACAACAAAUCUCCAUUCAUUAUGGGUAAUUGUUUCCAUGUAAUAAAGAUUGAAGAAUUAAAUAAAUUCCAAGGUCCUAAGAUCUGUUUGGUGUCAAAUGUGGAUACUUUAGUAAACAAAGUUAUAGAUAAACUUAAUAAUUCUGAUAAUUUAAAUAUAAUAUUAACAGAAGCCAUAAGCAAGAUAAAUUCUAACCCAGAUAGCUUGUUGUCUAAAUUUUAUGAGAGAUGGAAUGUUUCAAUUAAAAAUGACUCAAAUUUUAAAGAUGGUAAUACUAUUCAAUUUAAAGACUCUAUUGCCUUGACGGUCUGGAAGAAUGAAUAUUUGAAGGAUAAAGAACUGGAGGACUUUAAAACAAAAAUAAUAGAAAGAAGGGAAACAAAUAAAAGAAAAGAAAACCAAUUAAGACAGGAACUGAAGAAAGGUACUGACAGUUUUCAAAUGAAUAAUGGAAAUAAAAAUAAUAUGAAUGGAAUUAGGAGCAAUGAUUUUAAUAUAAAUGGAAUAAGUAAUAAUGAAGGACGUAAUAAUGAAGAAGAUGAUGACGGAGAAGAUGACGACGACGACAUAUUUUUAAUGAAGAAUAGAGCAAAUAUUAAUAAUCUGAAUUACGAAAUACCUGUAGAUAUGCACACAACCGGGAAAUCAAAGUAUAAAAUGUUCCCAUUUAAUCCAAAAAGAGAAAAACCUGAUGAUUAUGGUACAAUUGUUGAUUUCACUAAAUUUAUACCCAAGGAGGAGAGAGAUACCGAAUUUGAAAAUGAUGAAAUAGAGGACUCCAAUACUUCAAGCAAAGAUAAAAACAUAUUAAGAGGAACCAAAAGAAAACAUACUAACCUUGGUGGUAGGAAUAAAAAUAAGAGUGGAAAUGAAUAUUAUAAUAUUGAUGAAGACGAAGAAGAUGAAGAUGAGUAUAUUAUUACUGAUAUCCCAAUAAAGAGAACAAAAAGAGGUCGACCAUCUAAGGAUAUCAACUAUAAUGAAGAUUCAAAUGAAAACUUUGAUAAUAUAGACUAUUUGGAUGCAUUAAAUAACCCAUCAAAAAGAGUUUGUGAAACAAAAACUAUAACACUAAAUGUGAAUUUGAUCCCUUUUAGUUUAGAGAACAUUGUAGACCAAAGAUCUGCUGCUGUUAUUUGGCCAUUAUUGAAAUCAAGAAAAAUAAUUCUAUUAGGACCACCAGAAGCCCAAAACGAGACUAUUAUAAAUAACCUAAAUAAAAAGAACAUUGAUGUUAUGAAAACAAGAUUUAGCGAUAAAAUUGUUAUAGAUACCAAGAUCAAAACUUUAGAUAUUUCCAUUGAUAUGGAACUAGAUCAAUUAUUAAACUGGCAAAAGAUUGGUAAUGACCAUACAAUUGCUCAAGUAGUGGGACGUUUAGUGAAAGAAAAACCCAAAGAUCAUGCGAAUGAACACUACCAUUCAAGAGAAAAACUAAUAUUAAAAGCAUUAGACAAACCUUCUGUUUUGCAUCCAACAGGCACAUUGUCUGUUGGGGAUGUUCGUCUAGCUGAAUUAAAACGUAAGUUAACAGAACAAGACCAUUCUGCGGAAUUCAAAGGAGAAGGUAUGUUAGUUGUUGACAAUGAAGUAGCUGUUAGAAAGAUAAAUGAUGGUGAAACCGUUAUAGAUGGUUCCCCAUCAGAACUGUUUGACACAGUUAAAUCUAUGGUUACUGAAAUGUUAGCCAAAAUAUAG